UUAGCGGUUAUGGCUUUUGUUGUUGCUCGAGCGGCCUGAGUUUUGUGUUACAGUUGUUGAUUGUUUUAGCUCAAUUGGAUCAAUUCACGUUGUAAUUGUACAUAAUUUAUGUCGUGUCAAACAUAUAUAUUUUUAAUUGUGUUUGAAGUAGAAGAAUUCCGCAAUUAAUAUUCGUACAAUGCCAAUGUCUAAUAUUGCCUUAUCGAGAAUUAGUUUACUGCGAGAUGCCGACGGUGCCUAUAGUCAGGGCAGUGAAGAAGAUGCAAUUUUUCUCUCAACGGAAGCUAUGUGUGCAGGAAUUCAUCAAAAGUUUGAUACUCAAAGCCGCAAGCUGCCCCACAAUGAAAACACACUUGCCUCACUGGUGAAUGAUCUUGGCGCUGAAAUAAAGCACGACGUUUCGGAAUCGGAUCUAAAAGCAGGUUUCACCAAACUACAUAAAUGUUGUCGAGAACUUCCAAAGCAAUGGACCGUUAUUCAGAUACACAAAGUCUAUACACCUCGCUGGAACCUGCUUACACACAAGGAACUUCUGGAGGAAAAGACUGCAGUAGAAUUAAUACUUUUUACCUAUCCAAAUUCUGAAGUUUUGAACGAUAAACCGAUUCUGAUACGGUUAGAGCCCCCAGAUGAAUCCGAUUUUUUUCCAUUAUUAUCAUCGAUACCAGUUAAACUGAAACGUCACCUGAAAAAAGAAAUCGAAUCCGGCACGAUGCGCCAGGAAGAAAUGGAGAGCUAUAUUGGCACCAUAAUUGAUCGGUUAAUUGCCUGGCUUGGCCCCUGGGUAGCUGUGUUUAGUGGUAAAUUUAUUUCGUCCAUGGAUGAGCAGAUGGAGGGAGACAUCUUCAACCGGGUUGAAGACUUCUGUAUCACGAACAAGCGCAGCAAAAAAGAGCAGGUAUUAAUUUCCCUAAUAGCUAGAAGAUUAGACCUGCUUGAUGUGAAAGCUAUUUAUCGGUUCUGCUGUGAUGUAAUAAGGCAACGAAGAGAAACACAGAAAAAGCUGUUCAGUUUCUUGGUUAAAUUAAAGCACAACAAAUUCGACACGAACCAAAUGUUCGGUUGCUCUCCUUGUCUGAUGGUUGUGGAUGAGCUGCUCGAUGGGUACCCGUGGGAGAUGGUGAAUACCAUGCAGGAAUUCAGCCGGCUCGGUUCGUUUCGCUUGCUGUGGCAACUGUACCGUACUCACAAGGCCAACAUUGCCAAAGGAUACCUACAAGUGGCGGUCAAAAAUUGUCAUAAUAUCAUCAAUCCAGAUAAAACUCUGAUUAAAAUGAGUACGCGGCUUCAAGCUUUCUACAAGGAAUGGUAUCCCAAUUUCAAGCUGAUAGUCGACGAGCCGCCAACCGAUGCGCAGUUUACAUCAAUUCUGCACGAGGCUGAUGUGAUGAUCUACAAUGGACAUGGAAGCGGAUUACAAUUCUUAGAUGGCGACACCAUAAUACAGCACGAUAUUAGAAGCUUGAUAUUCUUAUUUGGCUGUGAUUCUGUUCGGCUGUUUCCCAACGGAUUGUUCAAUGAAAUGUCCGGGAGUCAUUUGUACUACAACAUUGCAAAGUGCGCCACGGUAGUGGGGGCGUUGUGGGUUUUAACAGACUUCUACACAGAUUACUACUCCAUUUUACUGGUUAGCGGCUGGAUACCGACCACAAAUGUGGCACUACGUGACUACUCGGUUUUAGAUUUGGAUCCAACGGCUUUCAAAAAUGGAAAGUUUGUUUUAGGAAAUAAGCAGUCAGUAAAACCUCCAGAGCACUGUGACGAUAGUCUGUUGCAACUGAUGGCUCUCUUUCGUCGUCGAAAAUGGCUUCCUAAGCGCAUACGAUGUGCCAUGGUAUGUCGGGGUCUACCGGUUAUAAAUUCUAAUUACUUCGAAAGCUAAUGCUGCGAAAUGCCGGCACAUUUUGCAAUACACAGUCAUAGUUGAAACGAAUUUGAAUGUACUGUUUGAAUUGUAUAGAAGAAGAGAACAGAUGGGCAGCCAAAAAAUCGAAGUUGUAAGUACUACAAACUACAUCUCAAGAAA